AUGGCUGCCGCAUCCCCUUCUCUCUCGUUCCCACGCGACAUCUUCGCUGCCCUCUCUCCGUCGCCAUUCCUCCUCGCCCACCUUUCGCACGACUCCCCCUCUACCAACCCCUCGCGCCCCAAUGGCCGCGCCCCCUUCGAAUUCCGCAAGCCCACCAUAAACACCGGCAGCUUAAGCCAUUGCUCUGGCAGCGCUGUGGUACGACUAGGCGAUACGGCCGUGGUAUGCGGCGUACGAGGAGAAAUUCUGCUGGCGUCCAACAUCCCGAAUCCACCAACACUCCCAACGAACCUCGACUACGAUGGCGACGAUGAUGCGGAAAACGACGCAGCAGAGCUAUCAAACCUAUCCCUCCUAGUUCCCAACAUCGAACUCGCAACCGGUGCCUCUCCCGCCCACCUCCCGGGCUCACCACCGUCUACACUCGCGCAAUCCCUCACCUCCCGCAUCCGCGCGUUACUGUACUCCACGCAACUCCUCCGUGCGCGGGAUCUGAGGAUAAUAUAUUCACCUCCACCGUCCGAGUCUUCCGGAGAUGACGAAUCAGCGAAGGAAGUCAAGGCGUACUGGGCACUCUAUAUCGACAUUAUGUUCAUAAGCCUAGACGGCAACGCCUUCGACGUGGCCUGGGCCGCUGUGGUCGCCGCGCUACGAGAUACACUGCUUCCUUCCGCAUGGUGGGAUGAGGACGUACAAAACAUACUUUGUUCGCCAUCUGUAUCUAACGCGCGCUCUCUGAAGCUGAGAGGUUUACCCAUGGCGGCGACGUUUGCGGUGUUUAAACCUACGGAGCUGCUAAGCGAAGGGGAGCAAGAUGAAGAGAACGCCGAGGAGAAGGCGUGGGUGCUUAGUGAUCCUGAUGCGUUUGAAGAAGGGCUUUGCAAGGAGGUGGUGACGGUGGUUGUAGAUGGUUCUGGGGGGAAGAGGAGGGUGCGGAGGAUUGAGAAGAAAGGGGGUGGGGUUGUGGGGAGGGAGGUCAUGAAGGGAUUGGUAAGAAGGGCAGAUGAGAGGUGGAGGGAGUGGAGUCAGAUGGAUGGGCUUAAGGCGUAG